UUGAUAAGCAGUGGUCAUUCAGAAUAAUGCAGAGUUGUGUAUGGAUAAUGUGCUGGACAUUUCUCUUACUGUGGACGCUAACCACUGUUACCUGUGCCAAGUCAAAGACCAAUACGGACGCUCAACCGCAGCAGAAAUUCGAGGAGAACAGAAAUCGAACGCACAGCGAAAGGGCUACCGGUAAGAAAAAAUCAAAGGGAAGGCCGGGAAAGUCGGAGGAUGGCGGACUGGACAGUGACGUAUUAUGUGAGCAUUACGGCCCCUGGUCUGCUUGGUCCAAGUGCUCUAAACGCUGUGAAAUGUCCAGAAAACGACACUGUGUCAAAGGUAACCUCUGUGGCAAAAACGUUGUAUUGAAGGAAAGAAAACGCUGCAAAGGUAAACGACGAAGAAAAUGCAGCAAAGUAUCUUACAAAGUAAUUGGUUUUAAAAAGCGAACCAACAGACUCAUUGACCAGUUACUGUACGACAUGCUGUACGGAUCUUGGUCCAAUUGGGGGCCAUGCACGCGCUCCUGUAAACGCAGGCGCACAAGACAGUGUGAAAUGCCGCGCAUUUGUGGCAGUAGUUAUAUACAAGAAGAGAAACGAUGUCACGUGCCCAGCACCCCUUGCAGGAAACGCUUCACGAUUCAGGCUGAAGAAAGAACAACGCCAGAGCCCCGUAAAUCCCUAACGACUGCUUCUCCUACACCAGGUGAGUCUGUACAAAUAGUAUCUCCGGUGACCACGGAGGAAAUCCAUGACAUUUGUGGAAUACGACCGGAAGAGAAAAGGGGCUCCUAUCGGGUUGUUGGGGGACGUGUGGCCCGGGAGGGCAGCUGGCCAUGGCAGGUGGCCAUUAUGACCCGAUUUAAGGAGCAAUAUUGUGGGGGGACGUUGGUGGCGCCAAGCUGGGUACUCACUGCCGCCCACUGCAUACGUAAAAAACAGCGUCGGCGUAGAGUGAUUGUACGCGUUGGCGUUCAUGACAUCAACGCCUAUGAACCAACUAAACUUGAUCUCAAACUGGCAAAAGAUAUUCCUCAUCCUCGCUUUGAUUAUGAUACAAUAUCAAAUGACAUAGCUUUGUUAAAACUUCGACGGCCGGUGAACCAAAAUGACGCUAUCGGGUACGCCUGUUUACCGGGCGCCAAUGACCCCGGCGUCAAACCAGGCACGAUCUGCCACACUGUGGGAUGGGGCAAAGUGAAAAACGCCAACAUAUACGGUGUGGACGUAUUGCGGGAAGCAGAGUUGCCGAUUGUGGAGAGAGACAGGUGCCAAAAGUCCUUUGAGUAUGAUAUUUCCAAUAGUCAAAUAUGUGCUGGCUACAAACAGGGAGGGGUAGACUCUUGUGCAGGUGAUAGUGGCGGCCCUUUGAUGUGUCCACGACAGCUAAAUGGUACGACCCGCUGGUAUGUACAUGGUGUCACCAGUUACGGAGAGGGUUGCGGAGAAAAAGGCAAGUUCGGAAUCUAUACCAAUGUGACAGCUUAUCUCCCUUGGAUUUAUAAGACUCUUGGCAAGGAGUAAUGGGUUUGUGACUGUAGAACUACGCAAUGAGCUUUAUCCGGCGGUUCAUUUUAUAAUGACGUGUAGAGAGGAAUAUCUUUUCAACUUAAAGAAAAUGUUACCAUAUUGUUACAUCUGGUACUUCUGAUAUUUCAAAUUAACAAGCUCUUUUUAUUUUGAGAUAACUAUUGCCAUCUGAAGUGUCGUACAGGCAAGUGUUGAAGGACGCCAUAUGAGUUAUCGCCCCCUUGUAAUUAACAUCCGCCACACUCUCUUGUCUCAGCCCUACUUUGUUUCCGUAGUUCAAUUAAUGUUACACAUUAUUUAUGUAUUACAGUAUUUUUUGUCAAUUUUUGCGUAUCUACCUCUUCGAUUUGUAAAAAUUACGAAAUGAGUUCGUAGUCAAGUAGCGUUUACAUCUUUAUAUUCAGGGGUGUAUAUUUUUGUCUCCGAAUGUCUGCUGCUGUACAUCUACCUCCAUUUCUCGUUAAAGUAACAUCUGACAUGACACUACUUUUGCAAUCGUAAUUUUUGUCUGGAAUGUGUAGUUAUAUUUGUUCAUUGUAGCAUAAGUUCAAAAUGUGAUAUGUUUUAAAAAACAUGUAUUACAUUUUCUUACCCAUUUUCUAAUCUGUAGAAGCCAUAUAAAAAAACAGUUGUAAAACGAACUUAACAUUUAAUUAACAUUAAACUUAACAUUUUCAUUUUCCAUCGCCAUAUUUACUUCAUCUGUAAAGAAACACUUGGUCCCUUGUCAUUUACAACAUGGGAAUACCAUGGUUAACACGCCAGAAGUCAUUCUGUUCAACAAAUAAAACCAUCCUGAUGACAGCUUUAUAGUACAUGAAAACUAAACGUCAGCUAUUUUCCCGUUAAUUUAGUCGUUGGUCACUGAAUGAUUCCCUGGUGUAUUCACGUCAAUGUACGUUUUCUGUGUUAAUGUGGAUAUCGAAAAUGUUUACCGUGAUGUCCCCUGGACUCACAAAUAGUUACAUUGCUUUGAACUUUAACACAUCUUUUAGUCUAACAGAAAAAAUCGUGACAACUACAUGUAUUAGUUCCAUACAGUAUGGUGAGUGGCACAAUUCGUGGUUUGCUGACAGCAUGCAAGAGUUGUUCGUUUGUGAGUUACUCCAAGAUCCCUUCUGUUACCAUUGUAGACGCCAUGAUAUGGACCAAAGUGUGCAGAUGACACCAUCUUACUUCGCUGGUUGUUACGGGCAAUAUAUUUCAGGAAUACUCGUUUUACAAUGAUCCAUGUUUUGUGCAGAUAACCUUAAGAAUGGCCGAAUUUCACAGAAGUACACAAAGCAAAUGGAACACAGCGUCAUGGACAGAUGUAACUCUCUGGUUACGGUUGAGAUUAGAAGGCCAAAUCAUUUGAAAAUCGCUUUAGUUAAUACAUGUUAACGUAACCCGCCUAAAACAAGUAGGCCCAAGCGGAGUGCGUGUUUUAUUUUGUUCUUUUCUGUAAUAAGUCACAGUUUCUGCAUAGGUGUACUCUGUAAAUUAAAGGUGUAGUGUACAAGCACUGGCUCGUAACUGCAGAGGUUGGUGUAUGUUCGCAUACAACACAGAACCGACUUGUUUAGACGUGAAAUGUUCCCCAUCCUUUGGA